AUGGCUUCCCUCCAGUCGGCUCCCAAUAUGGCGACUGGGAGCAUGUCUCUGCCGGCCAACUUGACCCAGCAGCAUGUUCAAGAGGUUCUUCAUAAAUUCAAACAGAUGCAAGAACAGGGUGUCCGUCAUGACGACCCCGAGUAUGUCAAGGCGCAGCAACUCCUGAUUGCCGUGCAACGACAGCAAGCGUUUCAAAAACAAAGGCAACACAUGGCCCAGCAGCACAUGCAGGCUCAACAACGUCAACAGCAGCUGAAUGGGAUCACCCCCGAUGCUGCCGCUGCCGCCUCAAAUGGAAUCAAUGGUCGAGCCAAUUCCGUCUCUUCGGCCAACAGUGCUGUCCAAGAUGCGUCGACACCGCAGCAAAAGGGCGCCCCUGUCCCCGGGGGGAGCUUCUCCCCCGAGCAGCUCAAGACCCUCAAGAACCAGAUCUUGGCUUUCAAGUUGCUGUCGAAGAACCUUGCGAUCCCACCGGGCGUCCAGCAGCAACUGUUCGCGUCCAAGAAGCAACAGACCCCUACGCCCGCGGACAACGUUGCCGCGGCCGAGUCCACCUUGGACAGCGCGUCCCAGGGGAAACGCGAGCAAUCGACCAGUGCCCCCGAGGAGGCGGUCCAGACGAAGGAAUUCUACGAGACGUUCCAGUCGCCGUAUGAACUGUUCCCCAAGACCAUCAGCUUCAACGACCAUGCGUCUCGCGUCAACCGUGCACGCGUCCCGGCGCUGAUGCCCCCGGGGAUUGACCUGGAGCAGGUGCGGGAAGAGAGAGAGUUGGUGGUUUACAAUAAGAUCACCGCCAGGAAAGCCGAAUUGGCUGCGCUGCCCGCCAACGUCGGCGUCUGGGACUCGAGUCGCAGUGACACGGCGACCUCGGAUGACUCCCUCAAACUCAAGGCGCUGAUCGAGUACAAGAUGCUCAAUCUGCUGCCCAAGCAGCGGAUGUUCCGCAAGCAGAUGCAGAACGAAAUGUUCCACUUCGACAACCUGGGCAUGACCGCGAACCGCUCCAGCCAUCGUCGGAUGAAGAAGCAGUCCUUGCGGGAGGCGAGAAUCACGGAGAAGCUGGAGAAGCAACAGCGUGAUGCGCGCGAGACCCGAGAGAAGCGGAAGCAGUACGAUCAGCUCCAGGCCAUCCUCAACCACGGCAUCGAGGUCCAGAAUGCGGCCAACCAACAGCGCGCCCGGAUGCAGAAACUGGGCCGCAUCAUGCUCCAGCAGCACCAGCACAUGGAGCGCGAAGAGGCGAAGCGGGUCGAACGGACCGCCAAGCAACGUCUCCAGGCGCUCAAGGCCAACGAUGAGGAGACGUACAUGAAGCUGCUGGGCCAGGCCAAGGAUUCGCGUAUCUCCCACCUGCUCAAGCAGACGGACAACUUCCUCAAACAUCUCGCGGCGUCGGUUAGGGAACAGCAACGGACGCUGGCCGAACGAUACGGAGAUCUCGAAGAUGACUUCUACGAGGAGGAAGAGGAGGAUGUUGCCUCCGGGACCGAGGAGGAGGGAGGCGGUAAGGCCAAGGUCGACUACUACGCCGUGGCCCAUCGCAUCAAGGAAGAUGUCACCGAGCAGCCGUCCAUCCUCGUUGGCGGUCAGUUGAAGGAAUACCAGAUCAAGGGUCUCCAAUGGAUGAUCUCCCUCUACAACAACAACCUCAACGGCAUCCUGGCCGACGAGAUGGGUCUUGGCAAAACCAUCCAGACCAUCAGUCUGAUCACCUACAUCAUCGAGAAGAAGCAAAACAACGGCCCGUUCCUGGUCAUCGUCCCCCUCAGUACCCUGACCAACUGGAACAUGGAGUUCGAGAAGUGGGCCCCGUCGGUCGUCAAGGUCGUCUACAAGGGACCGCCCAAUGCGCGGAAGCAGCAGCAGCAGCAGAUCCGCUGGGGCAAUUUCCAGGUCCUUCUGACCACCUACGAAUACAUCAUCAAGGACCGGCCCGUCCUCAGCAAGAUCAAGUGGACCCACAUGAUCGUCGACGAAGGCCACCGCAUGAAGAACACGCAGUCCAAGCUGAGCAGCACGCUCUCGACGUACUACACCAGCCGCUACCGCCUGAUUCUGACCGGUACCCCGCUGCAGAACAACCUGCCGGAGUUGUGGGCGCUGCUGAACUUCGUGCUGCCCAACAUCUUCAAGUCGGUCAAGUCGUUUGACGAGUGGUUCAACACUCCAUUCGCCAACACCGGCGGCCAGGACCGGAUGGACCUCUCCGAAGAAGAACAGUUGCUGGUCAUUCGCCGUCUGCACAAGGUCCUGCGGCCCUUCCUCCUCCGUCGUCUGAAGCGCGACGUGGAGAAGGAUCUGCCCGAAAAGCAGGAGAGAGUCAUCAAGUGCCGCUUCUCCGCGCUGCAGGCCAAGCUCUACCGGCAACUGGUCACCCACAACAAGAUGGUCGUCAGCGAUGGCAAGGGCGGCAAGACCGGCAUGCGUGGUCUGAGCAACAUGCUCAUGCAACUGCGGAAGCUGUGCAACCAUCCGUUCGUCUUCGAGCCCGUGGAAGAUCAGAUGAACCCGACGCGAGGCUCCAACGAUCUCCUCUGGCGUACCGCGGGCAAGUUCGAGCUGCUGGAUCGGAUUCUCCCCAAGUUCCGGGCCACCGGCCAUCGCGUCUUGAUGUUCUUCCAGAUGACGCAGAUCAUGAACAUCAUGGAAGAUUUCCUCCGGCUCCGUGGGCUCAAGUACCUCCGUUUGGACGGUUCGACCAAAGCGGACGACCGGUCGGACCUUCUGAAGCAGUUCAACGCCCCCGAUUCGGAGUAUUUCUGUUUCCUGCUGUCGACCCGUGCCGGUGGUCUGGGUCUGAAUCUGCAGGCCGCCGACACCGUUGUCAUUUUCGAUUCCGACUGGAAUCCCCAUCAGGAUCUGCAGGCCCAGGAUCGUGCGCACCGUAUCGGCCAGAAGAACGAGGUCCGCAUCCUGCGGCUGAUCAGCUCCAACUCCGUCGAGGAGAAGAUCCUCGAGCGUGCCCAGUUCAAGCUGGACAUGGACGGCAAGGUCAUCCAAGCCGGAAAGUUCGACAACAAAUCCACCAACGAAGAGCGAGAUGCCCUCCUGCGGACGCUGCUGGAAAGCGCGGAGGCCGCCGACCAGCUUGGUGCCGACCAGGAGGAGAUGGACGACGAUGACCUGAACGAUAUCAUGGCCCGAUCUGCUGGGGAAUUGGUGCGCUUCCAGGAGAUCGACCAGGAGCGACAGAAGAACUCCCCCUAUGGGCCCGGCAAAGCGUUACCUCGCCUGAUGUGCGAAGAUGAAUUACCGGAGAUCUACGUGGCGGAGGAUAACCCGGUCCCGGAAGAAGUCGAGGUGGACGUUGGGGGUCGCGGCGCGCGCGAACGCAAGAUCACCCGCUACGACGACGGUCUCACCGAAGAGCAGUGGCUCAUGGCCGUGGACGCCGACGACGACACCAUCGAAGAGGCCAUCGCGCGCAAAGAAGCGCGGGUGGAACGCCGCCGGGUCAACAAGGAGAAGCGCGGAGGGCGGGGCGGGCCGGACUCCUCGCCGGAGCCGUCGCGGGAGAGCUCAGAAACGCCGCAGCCCAAGAAGCGUCGUCGGGGGCCCGCCCCGAAGCGCAAGGCGGAGGAGCUGGUGGAGGAGACGCCGCAGCCCAAGCGGAAGCGCGGCCGGCAGGCGAAGCCGCCCGACACGCUCAGCAGCCAAGACCGGGCCAUCAUCAACCGCAUCCUGAACACCACCUAUCAAGCACUGAUGGACAUGGAGCAGGAGUUGCCGGCCGACGAGUCGGACAGCGAAGAUGGGCCCGUCACGCGCUCGGUCAUCGAGCCGUUCAUGAAGCCGCCCCCCAAGUCGCAGUACCCUGACUACUACAUGAUCAUCCAGACGCCGAUCGCGAUGGAGAUGAUCCGGAAGAAGAUCAACCGCGAUGAGUACCAGAACCUGCGUGAUUUCCGUAAUGACAUCCACCUGCUGUGCCAGAACGCGCGGACGUAUAACGAGGACGGGAGUCUUCUAUUCCAAGACGCCAACGACAUUGAGGCGAAAUGUGUUUCCGAAUUGCAGAGAAUGACCGCGGACCACCCUCAAUUCGCCAACUUUGACGACGCGAGCGCCGCGGCUGGCAACGAUGACUCGGCCGCAGCAGCCUCUGGACCCGAGACGCCCAGCGCAGCCACCCCGGGCCAACCGAAGCUGAAGCUGACCUUCAACAGCGGCAACCGGGAGAGCGUGGGUAUCAACGGAGGGCCCAUGACAGGAGGGAGCGAAGACGAGUAA